AUGAGUUAUAAUAACCCUUGUGACAUCAUCAUUGGGGAAUUCGGGACAAUUUUCGGGCCAACUAUAAUGGCGAUUCUUUAUAACCCACCAUUUAAUUUAAACCAACUGAUGGGUAUCAGACAAAAUCAUGGCCAUAUUCCAAGGCCUGCUAAUGCAUUCUUCCUUCUGAAGAAUGCAUUAAUGUUGGCGGCCCAUCAAGUAAAUAUCCGCCGCUCAAUGACAGAUAUUUGUAAGAUAGCCUCAUUAAUAUGGCUACAGGGAGACAAACGCCUGAAGGCCACUUACAGUGCUUUGAGUGAUGAAGCAAAAGAGCUUCAUCGGGAAUUGUUCCCUGGCAAGUAA